UUGGAGUCGACGGGGUCGCUGCAGACGACAUUUCUGCUACGGACGACUGACUGCAGACUGCAGCUGCAGGGCAAAAACAACUGUAGGCAAGUGACGGGAUCUUAUCUUUUCUUUUCCGUGGCUUACUGUUCGGAGUCGCUGUUUAAAAAGCAACUCCUUAAAAAAAUCCACGAUGAACCAGAAGCGGGACCUAGACGAACUCUUCCUUUGCUGCCGAAAGGGGGAUCUUUCACAAGUUCAGUAUCUUGUUCAAGAAAAGGAAGUUGACUUGAAUGUUCGAGAUCAAUGGGACAGUACACCAUUAUAUUAUGCUUGUCUUUGCGGACACACAGAAGUUGUGGAAUAUCUUCUAGAGAGUGGAGCCCGCUGUGAAGCAAACACAUUUGAUGGGGAACGUUGUGUUUAUGGGGCAUUGGAUGAUGUCAUCCGACAAAUCUUGUUGAACUACAAGGUUGUAACAAGUCAUACAAUGCGGAGGAAUUUAUAUGAUGAGUUUCUUAGGAGGUUACUGGAGGGAGUUUAUAGUGAUGUAACCUUCAUUGUUCAUGGCACCAAGUUCCAUGUACACAAGUGUAUUUUAUCAGCGAGAAGCAGCUACUUUUGCAAUAAAUUUGAAGGGCCUUGGAAAAAUAGGGACAUUAUUGACACUAGCCAUCACCUUAUCAAUCAUACGGCCUUCAAGUCCCUGAUUCAAUUUUUAUACACGGGCCGCUUGGAGACAAACAUCAGUGAUGUUGAGAUUGUCUUACGUUUGGCCAUCAAGUGCAAACUACCAAAGCUAGAAUCGGAGUUGGUAGAUCAAAUCAAGAAAGUGACAGCAUUUGAGUCGUCCAAGCCCAACCUCUGCAACAAAGUGAAGACCCUGACGCUCGAGUCGCCCGAGCUCGUGUCCGACCUCGCCCAGGACCUCGGGGUGCUCGCCGUGCAGGCGGUGCCGCCCGCACUCCGAGACUGGGUGGGCGCCGACGACCUACCCCUGCUGCCCAGCGCGCCGCUGCACCUGGUGGACGUGAGCUUCGUGGUGGACGGCCACACCUUCCUGUGCCACAAGGUUUUCUUCGCGUUGCGCAGCGAGUACUUCAAAGCCCUUCUGGCGGACCAUUUCUGUGAGGCGGAGCACUCCAGUGAUGGCAUUCCCCGCAUCAACAUUCGCGGUGUGCACCCGCAGGUGUUCGCGGCCAUCGUGCAUUACGUCUACACCAACCAAGUCAUUACAGAGCUUCCCGAGCGCCUGCUGCUUGAGCUGCUCACCACAGCUGACAUGUACCUGCUGCCGGGGCUCCAACGAGCUUGUGGCCAGGUUCUGGCCAACAGGCUGUCAAUCCACAAUGUUUUGACUAAAAUACGUCUAGCUCGAUUUUUCGACCUUCAGCAGCUCGAGAACCAGUGCACAAGUUUCAUUGCUGCUCAUAUAGAAAAGAUGAAAGAUAUGCCCGAACUUCAGGAAUUGAUUCUGCAGGACGCGGAUGAAGUAGAAGGACGACAAGAAACUGACACAAUUCCUAUAAUUGACGAUAUGCGAUACCACAUUACCUUGGCCGUACAGGAUAUGAGCUCCAUGAGCGAGGCACAAGAUAAACUUCGCAUCAUUGAUGAUUUGCUGGAGGAGCUUGGACUUGAUGCUUGAGCCUAGUUUUCCAGUCCCUGUUUUAAUUUUGAGGGACUUAAGUUUAUCGUGUCUUAGAGAAGAUGGUGCAAAAGAGACAGGAACAGAAUGAUGUUUCAUAACACUCUAAAGAAUGUGAAUGAAUAUAGUAUUUUUGCAUACCUUUCCUAUUUUAUUGAUAGGAAGCAUCAGUUGAUGUCAGAUCAAUCAAAAGAAAUUUAAAACUGUGAUUUGUAAAGGACAAUGGAAUUUUCUUGUUAAUAAUUUUGCUUCAAUAUUAGGUUUGAUUUUGAAUCCUUUUAGGCACAUGAAUUGUAUGUUGAUAGUCAGAAAUUUGAUACUUAUGUCACUUGAUCGUGUAUGACCCCUCACAGUCAAUAUUUAGUUUGGAUUUGAAAGUCCUUUUGCAAUGUCUAGCAUUUUUGCACAGGUAAUGAUGAGUUUAACUUUAAUACCACACCUUUUUAAAAAGAUGCCAUUCCUUGCAUGUACUAGUAGUAAGAAAACUAAUUAUUAUGUUUUGGCUGUGGGACCUGGGUGCUGGUCAAUGCUGUAUAUUGGCACUUUACUUUUUAUUAUUUCCUUUGUUCUAAGUUGGGAUUUAAACUUUAGUGUUCAUUGCUAUGAAAGAGUUUUGCUUCCAAUAACGCAAGUUUGUCUGCUGUGCAGACUUUAAUUUAAGUUUAAUUUAAUUUUCGUGAAAUGAGGUGUUUUGCACAAUAACGUACUACAGGGAAAACUAGUCUUUUCCCCAAGAAUUUUCUGUUAUAUACGUUUCUCUGUAGCGGAUGCAAUUUGUUGUUGUUUUUUAUGUUUGUUUUCUCCAUUAGUAUUUUAAGACUUGCGGGCAGGUCGCAAUUUAAAUGAGAGCUUUAUCAUAUUUAGGAAAAAUAGGCUCAAUAAUAUGUACAAAUUGGUCAUCCUAAAGCUGUGCAAAGUAUGCUGCUAGUCAAGCAAGUACGACGUUUACAAUGACAAUGUAGGCCGCUUGUAUCUAACAUGUUCACAUUAGUUUUCGUGUAAGAGAAAAGUUACUUUGUAGUAAUCUUUUCUGUAAAUUACUACGCUUUUCACCCUCUUCAAUUUUUCUUUAGCUUGGAGGUUUACUUAUGAUGUCUGUGAUUUAGUGUCUCAAUGUUAAAUAAAACAUUCUUGAAAAUA